CAGCUACGCCCGUAUCUGGACAGGGAACAUCUUGCUUCAGUUGUCCAUGCUCUGGUAACCUCAAGAUUGGACUACUGCAACGCACUAUACGUGGGGCUGCCCUUGAAGACAGUUCGGAAACUGCAGCUUGUGCAGAAUGCAGAGGCCAGAUUAAUAACCGGGACCAAGCGGUCGGAACAUGUGACACCGAUUCUGGCCCGCUUGCACUGGCUGCCUAUAUGUUUCCGGACCCGAUUCAAGGUGCUGGUUUUAACCUAUAAAGCCUUACACUGCGCGGGCCCACAAUACCUGAUGGAACGUCUCUCCCGAUAUGAACCUACCCGUACACUGCACUCAACAUCGAAGGCCCUCCUCCAGGUGCCUACUCAGAAAGACGCCCGGAAGGCGACUACAAGAAAGAGGGCCUUCUCGGUAGCGGCCCCCGAACUAUGGAACACCCUUCCUGACGAGCUGUCCUGGAAGUGCAUUCUAAAGAUAUACACAGAAGAGGGAUUUCUAUUCUGAGGAACAUUAUAUUGAUUUUGACGAAUCUGCUUCUUCACGACGACGCUAACUGUUUUGAUGCUGGGAACUAAAUUUGUUUUGUAUUCUUGAACAUAGAGAGAUAAGGCAGGCUGCUCUGUUUAUACUGUGAUGUCAUCAAGCCUGGAAUAUUAACCCAAUUGUUGCUGAAAUAAGAAGUGGUUCUUCUUUAUUUUUGUUUUGCUUUGUUUUCGUGGUUUUAAAAAAUGGCAAUCAAGAAAGUGGCUGAGAAUCUGGAAGUAAUUAUGUUUCAGAAAAUAAUGGAUGAGAUUGAGAUAACGAAACGAACCCUGCGACAGGGCAGUAAGGAGCUGAAAAUUGAACUGAGCAAAAUGACGCAGGAGCUUAAAGAAAUAGGGGAUCCUGUGAGAGAGGAGAAUGAGAUCAGAGAUGAGAAAAGAAAAAAUAAAGGGAAGAUACAAGCCCUGGAGAUUGGAACAAAUGUGGAAUUGGAAAAAGAUCUGGAGUUUAUGGAUAUUAGAAAUAAAAUCUACUGUUUGGAAUUUAACGUUAUCUCUGAAGAAAUUAAUGAAGGUAUUAGAGAUAAAGUUAUCAAUGGCUUGGAUAAUCUUCUGGACUGGAAUGACGUGAUGGAGCUUGAUAUAGAGAAAAUCUAUGGAACUAACAGCAGCCAUGUGACAAUGGAAAAACUCUCAAGAGAUGAACCAGUGCAUUUUGUAAAAAAGAAGAACAGAGAUAUGACUUUACAACAAUAUUUCAGCAACUUAUUCAGAAUUGAUGGCAAGAAAAUAUUUGGGAGAGAGGAAAUUCCCAUCAGACUCUUAUUAUAUGACUAUGGCUAUGACAGCAAGAUUAUUACGGAAUACUGAUAAUGGAAGAUUGGACACUGAAAUUACUGGACUUAACAGGACUAUUGAAGAUGGAAGAUGGAAUUAAUAGGGAUAAUGGAAUAAUGGCUAUUGAAAUUAUUGGACCUAACAGAUUUUGAUGAGAUGGAUUAAUUGAUAUGUUUAUUUGGACUAUGGUUAUGACAAUAAGAUUAUUAUUAUUAACGAGAUGGAUUAAUCGACAUGUUUA